CUCUGAGAUGACUUGCUUUGUACCUGGAGGGCUAAAUGCUUCUCCGGGGUGGGGUCCAGCAACCCCCCUUUAAACUGUUAAGGCUUUUUAUGUUGGGGGGGGGACUAGGGAACACUUGCGGAGGUCAGAGACACAGUGGAAAGCAGCCAUGUGGGUUUCCGUUUGGCAAGCUCUCUAACUCCAAGCUAUUUCUCUGGUCCUUUCCCAUCCUUUGUAUGUAUUCGUGUGUAGCUGUAUUAUAGCAGGGAGGGUCAGGGAUCAAAUUCUGGAUUUUCCACUUCUUUCCUAUAAACCGUCCUUACCUUUACCUCACCUUAAAGGUAGGUAGAGGGAUAUUAUUAAUCCAAACGAUACCCCAGGUGCCACCGGGUUGAGAAUAAGGUCCCUGCCGAUGGGGGAUGCUCAAUGCUGCCCCCAUCCCUUCCCUCAAAGACCCAGGCGCCAAUGAGAUUAGGUUCACAAGCAACGCCUCCUCUUCCUGAUGCUCAGGUCGCUUAGCAACGAAGAACCAGCAAGAAAGGAGCUGUGCUAAUCUUCCCAGGCAGGCCGGCAGGUGUACAACGCCAGCUCCCUCCUGGGGCCGGCCUGGGGGCUACCAUGGCUCCCAAUCACCUGUCAGUGCGGGAAAUGAAGGAAGAUGAGAAGCCCCUGGUGCUGGAGAUGCUGAAGGCUGGUGUAAAAGACACGGAAAACCGUGUGGCCCUCCAUGCUCUGACACGUCCUCCAGCCCUUCUCCUCCUGGCUGCAGCCAGCAGCGGACUGCGCUUCAUCCUGGCCUCCUUCGCCCUGGCCCUCCUGCUGCCCGUGUUUCUGGCUGUAGCUGCUGUGAAGCUGGGUUUGCGAGCCCGAUGGGGCUCUCUGCCUCCACCAGGAGGCCUGGGAGGGCCCUGGGUGGCUGUCCGUGGUUCCGGUGAUGUGUGUGGAGUCCUGGCUCUGGCUCCUGGUGCCACCUUGGAGGAUGGAGCCCGAGUCACCCGCCUCUCUGUCUCUCGAUGGCACCGUCGGAGGGGCGUGGGCAGGAGGCUGCUGGCCUUUGCCGAGGCUCGAGCCCGAGCAUGGGCUGGGAGUAUGGGGGAGCCUCGGGCCCGACUCGUGGUCCCAGUGGCUGUGGCCGCCUGGGGGGUGGCAGGGUUAUUAGAUGCCUGUGGCUACCAGGCUGAGGGAGGCUGGGGCUGCAUGGGCUACAUGCUGGUUAGGGAGUUCAGCAAAGACUUGUGAUUAGAGACCAUGCCCACUGAGUAGAUGGGCAGCGAAACAGCAUCUAAAGAACAUGUACUGUGUGCCAGGCACUUUACAUCCCCUCCCUCAGUGUCUACCUAUUCUGCUGGGCUGAUAGUGAGGCACCGAGGUUGAUGGACUUACAUGCCCACAGUGGACCUGCCAGAUGCACUCCCCCCACCCCCCAAUCUGUAUGCACUGAAAAACUUCUGGUUCUGGGUCUACAAAGCCCCCCGCUGCCUGUGUUUGAGGUCUGGAAGGGAGAUUUGGGGAGAGAGAGACUCUUAAGAGUUAGAGGCUGUGACAGGGAACUCCCAAAGGGGACAGAUCUUCUGGGAGUGGGUGGGGCUGGGAGCGCAGUGUCUCCAAGCCCAUCUGGUUUUUACACUGUUUGUUAAUAAACCCUGGAACUUCUG